AUGAGCAGCACCGACCUGGAGCGCAUGUCGCUCAGCUCCUCGGCAAACUCCCUGGCCUCCAGCGCUCGGACGCUGUCGGCCAACGUGAGGAAGCUGCACAACGCGCUCAACCUCCUGCUCAACGACUUCGAGAGGGAGCAGUUCAUCCACUGCCUCAACGUGUACCACUCCAAGCGCAACGUGUACGACCUGGUGCAGACCCUCAACGUCAUCCUCAACGCGCCCAGCAAGCGGCAACUUCUGCCCAUGCUGCGGCUGGUGAUCCCCCGCUCCGACCAGCUCCUGUUCGAGCAGUACACCUCGGAGGGCCUCUACUUGAAAUCGGAUUUAGUUGCGAGCAAUGGCAACGCCGAGCCGCCGCCGGGCGACUUCCCCAGCGCCAGCCCGACGCCCCCCGGGCAUUUCUCGCCAAACAACCCGCCGGAGUUCCAAGUGGCGCUGCGGGGCUCGCCGGACAGCUUCAGCACCAGCAGCGACGGGACAGCUCCUCUGGUGCCGCUGCUCGGGAGGAACUUUAUCCACGAGCCGCCCGGAGAGCUGCGGCAGGUCACCAUGAAGCGGCACAAGAGCAACGAGGGCCUCGGCUUCAGCAUCCGCGGAGGCUCGGAGCACGGCGUCGGCAUCUACGUGUCUCUGGUGGAGCCGGGGAGCCUGGCGGAGAAAGAGGGGCUCCGGAUCGGGGACCAGAUCAUGAAAGUCAACGAUAAAGUCUUCGAGAAAGUCACCCACGCCGAAGCAGUAAAGGUGCUGAAGGGCAGUAAAAAGCUUUGCCUCCAGGUCCGUUCAGUCGGACGGAUUCCCGGCGGCUACGUCACCAACCAUGUUUAUACCUGGGUCGACCCUCAGGGCCGGAGCGUGUCGCCUCCUCCGGACCUGCCCGAGCACCGGAGCGCCACCCUGAGACGAACCGAAAGCCAGCGACGCAGCAACAUGCAGCUACUGCAGGAGGGAGAUGAGAAGAAGGUCAACUUGGUUUUGGAUGACGGCCGGUCUCUGGGUCUGAUGAUCCGAGGCGGAGCAGAGUACGCUUUGGGUAUUUACAUCACUGGAGUGGACCAAGGAUCAGCAGCUGAGUGCGGAGGACUCAAGGUAGAGCUUUUAUUGUUAUUUGUCACUCACUGUCUCUCACAA